AAAUGGUGAUUCUGCGGACAUGACAUAUUUCAAACAUCGAUGUGUCGAACAAAAAUUCUUGAUAGUCGAACUGUCUCGGGCGGACAAAAUAAUUAAAUUCCUUUUUUAAGAGAGGCUAUGUUAAAAAUUGGCUAAAUAAUUGACAAUAUUCGAUUUGUUCAAUGAUACAAAUAAGUAUGAAAUUUCAAUAUAAAUCAUGCUGGCAAUUAUACUGUAUAAAUAAACAGUAUUGUAUUGAAUGAAAAAUUCCAAUAAGCAAAAUCUCUAAAUAUUAAGCGACGAUAAAUUGUGCAAAUCGUUGGUACAGUGCAAAAAAAAAAUUGUCAGUAGUUGAAAAAAAUAAGAACAAAAAAAAAGAAUUAGCAUCGCAGCUAGUUUUCAUAUCAAUUCAUUGAAGGUGGUAUAUUAGCUUAUUUGUAAUAAUAUUUUACACAGCAGUAACAGAAACUUAUUUAUUUUCUAAAGUUUACUACGAAUAUAAGUAAAAUCAAAAGACUACAAAAUCGUGUGGUUAACGAUUGUUCGAAAUAUGAAUGAAAAGAAAUAUUGCCAGCAAUAAAGUAUAGUUCGCACUUAAAUCAGACCGAGCUUCGAAUGAAAUACAAAAACAAGAGAGAAUAUAAGUGCGUAUCGAAAGAAGGAUUUUCGAUAAAAAGAAAAUUCAAAGUGAAAAAUUUAAAUUGAAAAGUGAAAAGUGGACGAGGAUUGUCGAUCCGAUUGCUAUACAUACCAAAGGAGUGAUUAUCGGUACACCGCGUGCGAUAUCAAUGCAUCUCUGGAAAUGAUUUGUAAAAAGGACGUCAUUUCAUGGUUUAAAGAACUAGAGAGCUAUAAAAGGAUUGACACUAUGUGCGCCCUUUUAAAUAUGUGCCUCCCAUUUGAGUUGCGAUUCCUAGGAACUUGUUUAGAGGAGUUGGGUCGAAGAGACUCUCAGGAACUACGCGGAAUAGAAUUACGAGUUAAUAAUCCUCAAGAUCUUGCCAUUGAUAUGGUAGCUUGUCAGAAGGGUGAACCGACAGACAAGAAAAUUCGGCGGAAAAUGGCAUUAUAUUUAGCUUUGAUUCGAGCAUGUAAUCGUUCGUGUGUUACUGAGAUUUUCAAGACCUUAGAUGGUUGGGGUCGCAGAGAUUUUAGCAAGCUAAAUGAUUCAGACACAUUGCAGGAGUUGUUGUUAGUGUACACAAUGGCGGCCAAUCAUCCGGUGUUCACUUUUGAACAACAUAUGACUUGUGCCGAGGUAUUUGAGAAGAUAAAAGAGAACAGAUUGGUUUGUAGAGAGCAGCAGCAACAGCAAGCGCCAAGACCAGUAACGACAACAUCAAAUGAACAUCAUCAGAUGCUAAUACCACACCAACAGCCACAUCAAACCAUACAUAUGCAUCCGGGACAGCAUCAGUCGAUGCAACAACCAAUUCAAGUAAUAUCGCAAGGCAGCAUACCAAUAAGUUUUCCCCAAGCUCACUUGUCAAAGAUGAUUCCAUCUGAUGGUACACUUCAGCAUCAGAUAACAGUUGACGGUAUAACGCAUAUGCUCUCAUCAAAUAUCGCCAUUCCAGCUGAACUGACUAUAGCACAUCCUAAUGCAUGGUCUGUAAGGUCAAAUAUGCAAAAUUAUAAUCCCAACCUAGUCGAGCAACACCAUCCGCAAUCUUCUUCUCCAAUGUUAAGUCAGCAAUCAUCACCUUCAAAUAGUCGUGCUACAAGUCCCAACCGAACAAGUGGCAACAAUUUGUUUCAAGGUCAACAACAACAGCAACAAACGAUACAGCAAGUGCGUAACUUACAGCGAACCGGAUUACCGCUUCGAACUGUAAGAAGACCAUCGACAGAAACAACGCCUCCACCAGCUAUGCAACAGCACCAGCAAAUGAUGGGAUCUAUUAGCAAUGAGAUGAUAGCUCCUCAAAAUAUUAAAACAAUGGAAGAGGGUAUGGUAAAUAGUGAAAACUCUAUGACACAGCUUCAGGCUUUGAUUCGCAACGGCUAUGCUAGACCCGGAAAUCACACACUCCCAAGGUUAUCAAAAUCAGCAAUUAAUUUGCAACAACAUCACAGCCAAAUGCAACAGCAACAUCAGCAACAACAUCAACAGCAACAACAACACCAACAACAGCAUAACCAACAACAACAACAUCAGCAACAUCAACAUUUUCAGCCGCUUUCGUCUAGCAACUUCGGCAUAAGUUCAAGUUUAGCGUUUACUUUACAGAAUAUGUCGCUUGUUGAAGGACAGCAUCCACAAAUGGAAAACAGCAUUAUGACGGUGAUGAAUCAACAAAAAAGUACUGGAAGCGAUUCAGGAAGUUCAGUUGGAUCUUCAGGUGAUAUAUCACCACCCGAAACACCAAGCUUAAUAAAUAAUAGCAGUGGAAUAGGAAACGUGAAAAUUAAUGAGCAGCAACAUAAGCAACAAGUUACUCAAAAACAACAACAUCAAAUUAAUUACAACAAACAAAUAGGCAUUGCCAGAAUAAAUGGCCGGCCUGAUAAGUUGCUGCCAAUCAGUGUUGGUUCUAAUACUGGUUCUGCAACUCUUAUUUAUCCAGCUGCAACUAGUCCCCAACAGCAUUAUUUAGGGAAUGAUAUCAUACUGAGCAGUGGUCCCAAUAUGAUACAAUCUUCUUUGACAAAUAAUAAUCAAGUUGGUGGAUCGGGAAAUGAUGGAGGAGGUUCUACGGUAGUAUGCAGCGGUGGAAUAUCGGGAAAUAAUAACCUUGGAGGAAACACAGUACUCAUUACAUCGCCUUCGGCAAUAAAUGCUGCGAGUGGCAGUGUUAUAAGUAACGUGAUCACUUCGAACUCAGUUAUUUUGCAACCAGGACAGCACCAGCAGUAUUCGGCGGCCCAUCCUUAUCAUGCCCAACACAUAGCUUCGACGACGCGAUCGCCAAUAAUUCCCCAUAGUCAUGGAAUAGCUGGACCAUCGCCACAUGGGACUUUCCGCUUGCCCUCUUUUCAAAUUCCACCAAACGGAGAAUUAAUCUAUCCGUAUCACCCAGCCGGUAUUGCAUUUUUAUCGGGAACGGCUCCUCCUCCUACAGCUGUGGGUGGUGUCCGGUCCUCGCCUACAACUUCCGUACCUCCCCCGACUACAACGAAUGUUAUUCAACUGCCGCAACCACUACCACUUCAGCAACAGUCAGUGCUGUCUCAGGCUCAAACAAACCCUCCUCCACCCAGUACCGCGCUUUUGACCACGUCGCCUUAUACAUCAUUAACAGUAGGAGUAAGCAAACAGUUGUCCUGUUAUAACUGUGGCUCACAGAGCCACAACGGCCGCGAUUGUAAUGAAGCGUCUAUGGAGGAUGUCACUAGAGGAGCUAUCUAUAAGUUGGAUUAUUCAGUUUCAUCAGUUUCACCAUCAGGACCACAAACAAGUGGAGAAAGCAUUACGGGAAACAAUAGCAAUUGCAUUGGUUGCACACAGCUGUCCAUGACAACUAACGAAAUGGGCGCAGAAUCUACAUCUCCCACAGCGUCAACUUCUUCGUCGUCUUCGUUAUCGAAUAGCAACGUUAAUCCGAAGUGAUCAUUUUAUAAUUUUUAUAAUAAGACUAUAAUAUUAGAUGAGGAAUAAAAUAUAUACCUAUUAAUAAUUAAUUUUUCAUAAAAAAAAAAAAAUAUGUCCAACGUCAGUUGUUAAAAAAAAUUAUCUAUUAUUAAACUUUUAUUCCAUUGUUAUUUUUUCUUUUAAAUUUGUACCUAUGAAAAAAUAAGAAAAUAUUGGUUUACAUUUAAUCGGAGGCAGAAAUCAAAUUUCUAGCUAUCAUUAAGAUGGCAAAAAGUAAUGAAAUAUUUUUUUAAAUUUAUUGUUUUUUGUUGUAUACAAAAAAGUUCGUAAAAAUGUAUUUGGAAAAAAGUUUUAAGAGUGCCAUUUUUUAGACAAUUGUUUAAAAAGUACAUGAUUUACACGAACAAACAAAAACUAUUAAACAAAAUUAAAAACGUUUCUAAUGCUCAGCACAACAGCAUAUUCAAAACGACUCAUCAUUAACUUCAUGUAAUAAGAACUAACUUAUUCAGACAAACAAUAACAACAACAAAAAAGAAAUAGUGUUUAGCGUAAAGCUAAUGUAGCGUACAACAACUUACUUAAAUUUUAAAUACAAUUAUUAAAUGUAAAAAAUACUUAUAUAAAAUAGGAAAGAAAGUUAAGAAAAUAAAUAAAAAAAACUUAAAUUAGCUUGCAAACAAUAAAAUAAAUUUUAAAUGACUUGCUAGAUCUUAAGCGAUUAAAAAAGUACUUUUUGACAACAUACUAUUCUUAUUAACAAAACCAAAAUAGAAAAUUAAUAAUUAAAUUACUUCGACUGAUGUAUCUUGGUUUUAUUUUUCGUUCCUUGCUUCUACUUAUAAUGUCUUAUUUGAACUACAUAAGGAAAUUUUAUAUCUAAGCAUCUCGAAUCAUUUGGUGCAGAAAAAAACAUCUUCAAAAAGAAUGAAAAAGUGGAAGGUUUGGUGUAAUUAUUUAAAAUUACUAACAUUCAGAUCUAUUCUGGAUGAAAACUUCCUGAAAGAAUUGUUUUUAAUCAAAAAACUGGCAGAGCUUUUGUUCCCUUUUUAACAAUAAAGGAACGAAAUUUAAUAUAAAGAGAAGCCGUAUUCUGGAAAACGACUUUCUCGAUUAUACAGGGUGAUUCAGGAGUAAUGUGCCAAAAAGCUGAAGCAUGUAGGUUGGGUUGAGACAAGAAAAAAAUCGUAUGGGAGGGGUUUAUAUUCACCCUCGUUUAGCCGGGUGGUGCAAUUUUCUAAAAAAAUUAUUAAAAAUCAACCUACAAGAAUGUGCUAUACCUCUUUGUUUUUGAAUAAAGCUGAUUAAUGAAACAGUCUUUCAAAAAAUAACCUUCAAAAUCAAAAUUUUGAAAAAAAAAUGUUCAACUAAUUUUUUUCAAAAUUUUAUGUAGUGGUGGGGCAAUUUUCUAAAAAAAUUACUUAAUUUGGAAAAAAAAAUUAUUAAAAAUCAAUCUGCAAUGACGUGCUAUACCUCUUUGUUUUUGAAUAAAGCUGAUUAAUGAUACAGUUUUUCAAAAUAUAACCUUCAAAAUCAAAAUUUUGAAAAAAAAAAAUUUGAAAAAAAAAAUGUUCAACUAAUUUUUUUCAAAAUUUUAUGUAGUUAAUAUGUAGACCAGUGCCGAAGCCUUCAAAAACAUUAAAAAGUAAGAAAAAAUCGUAGUAGGAUGAAACCCAUGGGAAAAGGAGGUGAAUAUGAUAAAAAUGAAAGGAAAAAUAAAUUACGGGCGAGUCGAGUUCGGGAAGUGGUAGGGUUGAGUUUUUAAUGGUAAAAAAUGGUAUAUCUCGAUUUCCGGCAAAACUACAAGUCCUAUGGAAAAAAGUUUUAUGGCAAAGUUGUAGGUAACGAAAAGAUCUAGCAUAUGUUUUAACAAUUUUUUCACAUAGGUAUAACCACAAAUUUAUGUGAAAAAUUAAAAAAAAACGAGUUUUUGGUUUUUUAUUUUUAUCUUUUUCAAAAAAAUGUUUUUUUUUUUCUACGAAAUUUGGUGAAAAUCUAUCUUAUUAUGUCCUAAACACACAGUAAUUUACUUGAUUUAAAAUAUUUAUUUUGUAACCCUAUUUUAACUUAAUAUAAAAAAACACUCUAAUUUUCAAUCGAAAAUUCACGUGUCAAAAUAUCAGCUUUUUAAAAAAAAUCGGUAAGUAUUUUGUUUCUUAAAAUCUCUACUUUCUGAUGGUGUAAACAAAAAUUUACAUUAGCAUAUCUUAUGUUACAUUGAUAAAUGUUACGGUUUUUUGUAAUUAAAGUGUAGGUAAAUUUUAAUAAAUAGGCCAAAAUUGAAAAUAAUGAUAAAAAAAAUCUCGAAUUUAAGCUUUUUCAUUUUUUGCAUUCUCCGAGAACAUCAACUAUGGUAUACUAAUUUUUUGCCAUAAAACUUUUUGCCAUAGGACUUGUAGUUUUGCCGGAAAUCGAGAUAUACCAUUUUUUACCAUUAAAAACUCAACCCUACCACUUCCCGAACUCGGCUCGUCCGUAAUUUAUUUUUCCUUUCAUUUUUAUCAUAUUCACCUCCUUUUCCAAUGGGUUUCAUCCUACUUUGGUUUCUUUUGGUUUCAAAAACUAUCAACCCUGGGCUAUAAGUACUAUUUUAGUUUUCAAAAUAAAUUGCUCUUAUUUGUUUUUAAACAAAAACAGAAAACUGUAUCCGAAAAUGUCUCUUCGUUUUCGAGAAAUUAAUAAAAAACCAAAACUUCUUUUUUGUUAAGAAAAAAAUCAUUCUUCAAUGGGUUUUAAAAAUAAAAUACCAAAAAAUCAUUAAAUUUGUUUGUGCAAAACAUAUGCAACUUUGUCUUCCAUCUUUACAAAAUAUUUGUAAAAGCCACUUUUACCGGAAGAUUUGGAAUGGAAUUGAAUUAACUUAUUAUUAUUGUUCUUAUUGUUUGGUUCAAUUAAGACUUGUGGAAAGUUUCUUUGUCACAAUGUUUCGAAAACAGGUCCCUCUGAACAUUGAACUCAAUAAAAUAAUUAAUAAAUAUAACGGUAAACCGUCUCGAAAAAUAAAUACACGAAAUGUUAUAAUAGCUGCGUUCCUUUGGAAAUAUUUAUCUACUUUUUAGUACUUAAAGCUGCUUUGAACUACUUUUUCAGUAUAGCAAAGUAGUUUUAAGUAAUAAAAAGUAGAUAAUGUAAUGUUUUAUUCCGGGUUCACAAUAAAACUUAUUUAAUUUCCACUUAUAUUUCCGUUCAAAUAAGAACACACUUUAUUUCAACUCAAUUUACUUUUAUUAUUCGCUCAAACAAACACACGUUUAAAUCACUUUAUUUACUACUAACAAUUCGCAACACUUUAUUUCACUUUGUACUGUACUCUUUCACUUUCAAGAUUAAACUGUCUCCGGUCGGUGUCUACGCUGCCUUUUAUACCGGAAUCUCGAGACUCGAGAACGUCCUCGAAGGCUCUCGUCCCUGUCUCUCGAAACUUCCUUUCCACGAAGGGCACUUCAUACUUCCAGUCUAGUGGGAUAUUUUGAGAUGUGUUCAGUGUGGGAUAUUUUGAGAUGUGUUCAGUGAGAUAUUUUUAGAUGUGUUCAGUGGGAUAUUUUUAGAUGUGUUCAGUGAGAUAUUUUUCUUAAUUACUAAAGGUCCGUUCACAUUUCUACCUUUGCAGUAGUAGGUAGUGUGUUCAGACUUUUAUCUUAAAAGUAGUUCAGUAAUUCAUCGUUACAUUGCCCCCCUCUUAGGAUUGUUCGUCCCGAACAACUCCAUUGCUUCUAUCACCAUUAUAACGAUGUAAACGGUCACAAUGAACUACCUUUACAGGGCUAUUCUGGAGUUGUGAUGCUCACAAGUCACAAUUUUUUGUGAGGUUUUUUUUGUGAGGUUUCUUAUGAGAUUGUCACAAUUUCGUCAUAAACAAAAAAUACCAAGACUGGAAACUCGGCGGUCAACUGACGUUUGCCUACAAGCUGCGAGGUGUGGUGAAUGUCGUGAACUUAUCGUUGUUUUCGUGUCCGAUGUGAGGUGAAUGUCGUGAAUCUAUAAAUGUGUGCGUGUUAACGUCAUUUACCAACGUGGUGGCUUUCACAUAUAUUCACAGACAACACUGUACACAAAAGGGUUUUGGGCAUAAACAAAAAAUACCAAGACUGGAAACUCGGCGGUCAACUGACGUUUGCCUACAAGCUGCGAGGUGUGGUGAAAGUCGUGAACCUAUCGUUGUGUUCGUGUCGGAUGUGUGGGGAAUGUCGUGAAUCUAUAAAUGUGUGCGUGUUAACGUCAUUUACCAACGUGGUGGCUUUCACAUAUAUUCACAGACAACACUGAUCACAAAAGGGUUUUGGGGGGGAAGACGUAGGAAAUUUUCCAGUCUUGGUAUUUUUUGUUUAUGGUUUUGGGGGGAAAGACGUACGAAAGUUUCCAGUCUUGGUAUUUUUUGUUUAUGAUUUCGUAUUCUGCGAAAAACCUCAUAAGAAACCUCACAACAAAUUCACCACGAUAGAGGAAAAAUGUAAACUUGGCGCAGUUCAAGACAUUCGUCGAGAUGGACUCCAACCUAUAGUGUACCAGGCAGUCAGAGGGACUCAAAAGAACGUGUAACUCAUCAAAAGAUGAGAUUAUAGUUUGGAAGUGUUUGGAUCACCGGCAUCGGAUGGCAUAAGUAGUUACCUAUUACAACGGCAAGUAGUAUUAAUUGCAUUAAAAUCAAGUCAUGCAAGUGAAUGCAAUCCUACUCCGCUUUUUGUAUAUAAAGAUUUUUACUUUUAGGAAACCAAUGGCUCUCAAAGCGCCCAUAUUAGAUUGAUCAAUUGAAGAGUGAAUGUGAAAAGAUUGCCACUUUGGCUUAAAGUAUCGGCAAAGGUGCCGCAACCCCAAUCGCUAGCCCGAAACUUAUUUCGUUCUCAUCCAAAGCAACAAAACUCCGCAAUCUUGUCAAAAAAAAGGACGACAAAUUGGUUGUCCGUCUUGGUGGCAAUGAAGAACUACAAAAAUUUGAACUCUCUGGUUUCCUGGUACUGAGAAUCUGAUACGUUCAGACGAAUUAAGCUGGAAAACAAAGCCAAACAUGGAAUUUAAAUACGAACGCAUAAUUGUUGACAAAUAAUUCUUCAAAACACGCUCACAAAUCGGACUCAAUAACCAAGCAUAUUUCACGCACAUAUGCAUGACAUAUUACAACUAUCUAACAACACUUCCAACUAAUGGAUUUCAACCUCCUCCAAAUAAUUUAUAUAAGUAAUUCAAUUUCACUUAUGAAUAAAUGGCUAUUUAUCAAAUUGAAUAUUCCAAACAACCUUCGAUGUAGACAAAUUUCGUCAUCAACAAUAACAUCCAUUCCAUACACCUUAUUUACCAGACAGAAAAUUUCAACUCGAAGUAGGCUGUAAUCGUUCAAAAAAAAAAAUGAGGAAUAUGGAGUGAUCUGAAAAGGCAAUUUCUUGGUUUGGGCUUUCAAGGCCAUAUUAGUUACAUGGGAAAUCACAUUCGCACAUUUGUUUCCUAACGUCAUUGAGUUCCUGUUAGAUGCUCUAAUAUUCGAUGUGAAUUUUUGCAAAUGGGCGAGUAUACGUGAUACCUCUCGACAAAAGUGCAACAAAGCGGACUGUUGCAAUUUACUCCAGAGGAUGUUGUAAUUAACUCCAGAGGUUUGGACUAGCAGGACUAAAGCCAGAACUAUAAUUGGCGGAUGGAGUCGGAUGCUAAUGUCAAUUGUUGUUGUAUUUCCAUAAGUUUCCAUCCGACGAGUGCGCUCGUCACCGCACUCGUCGGAUGGAAACUUAUGGAAUUACAACAACAAUUGACAUUAGCAUCCGACUCCAUCCGCCAAUUAUAGUUCUGGCUUAACAUUCGAUGGCUGGUUUCGAAUUCGACACCCAUGUGGUUUGCUGAUGUGUUUAUUUUGGAGGGUGGGCUUAUUUAGUUUUGUCUUAUUUUAAGAGAUAACAAAGUAUCUUUUAAAUGCAACCAAAACAAUAUAUUGUGAUUGGAUGGAAGGUUAAUGACUGUUCGAGUAUUUGUUGCACCCUCUGUAUAG